AUGCGUUUCUCCAUUGCUACCGCUCUCACCCUGGCCGCUGGUGCCUUCGCUGGUGUUGUCACUGAGACCGUUACCGACUACACCACCUACUGCCCCGAGGCUACCUCCAUCGUCCACGGCGGCUCGACCUACAGCGUCUCCACUCCCGGAAGCGUCACCCUGACCGGUUCUUUCACUGUCACCCCACUUCCUCCGCUGUCCCCACCGCUCCCGCUGUCUCCCCCAGCGCCCCGGCCUCCGUCUCGACCCCCCUACGUCCCCUCGGGCGCCGACGCUACCGGUAUCCCCGCUGCCUCCGGCUCCGGCUCCAGCUCUACCCCCGUUGCCUCCCAGCCCGCCUUCAACGCCGGUGCCAUGAACGCCGCCGGUGCCGGUGCCGGUCUGGCCGCCGUCCUUGGUGCUGCUGUCCUGCUCCUGUAA